UCAACAACGACGAGGCCCUGGUCUCGGGGUGUUAUGGGCGUGCACAAACCCACUCUGAGCCCAAUAAAGAAGGAGCUGCCGACGAACAGAGACGAAAGCAAGACGACGAAAGGGAAGGCAAACCACGGGUCAGAGAGGAUUGUCUGGAUCUGCGGGCUGAACGCACCCGGCAAAAGAGCGAGACAGACGGAGAGGGGACUCCUGAGUGAGAAGACUCAGCCAGACUUGCCCACCCCUUUGACCCAUCACCCUCUAAACCCAAAACAAAGAUGUCCGCCCACUCCACACUGCAGCUGCACUUCCGACCUGACCCUGAUUUGACUGAGGUGAUGCGCCAGCGGGUUUGCUCGCUGCAACAGCGCAGAGGGAAGCGACAGGACGGCGAGCGCCUCCUACAGGACCACGAGGCUGUCUACCGCCUGGAUUUCACCCAGCAGGCCUUGCGUUUCGCCCAUUGGGACGUGCGCCUGAAGCACCCGGGCCGCAUCACCCUGACCGCCACCUCGCAGCUCUGGACCCCCGACCUCACCCACCUAAUGAACCGCCAGCUGCUGGAGCCCGUCGGGGUGUUCUGGAGAGACGAGGGCGAGCCGGACGAAAUGCCAGUGCACCACUACGAGGCCGACGCCCAGGAGUUUGGCGAGCGGAUUGCAGAGAUGGCAAAGGUGAGGAAGACAAUGUACUUCCUGUUGGCGUUUGAGCAAGGAGUGAGUCCGGACACAGUUGAAUGCUGCAUCAGCUUUCUGGUUGAUCAGAAUUGAUAGCAUCAGGACAUAGAGAAGGGCAAGACACUAGACAGCCAUUUUGGUUCUUUUUGAAUCCAUGUAUGCUAUUUCUCCUUCUCUUUCUUUCUCUCUUUCUUUCUUUAUCAUUCAUCAUGUUUUUCCACCACAACUCUUCCUUGGCGGAGAACAACUGCGACCACAGGGAAAAGGACACAAACCAGAGAUCACAGCCCCUCAGGAAUCUCUUCUGGGGUAGAGGAAGGAUAACACCUCUACUCCCAAGACUCCAUUGCUUCCUGUCUUCCACAAUCUUCCAACUCUUUAACUUCCAGAUCAGCUUUUUAGUUUUUGUUUUGAUUGGCCUCAAAACAUUAAAGCAAUAUGCCCUUGUCUACUGCAGCUAUGUUUUCUGAGGUACUAGUAGUAGCAGUAAUAAAACAUCAGACCAGUUCUCCACUCAUUCGGUUUUUGUUACUAGAGUCUAAUUCUAGAGAUGUUAUUAUUCAUUACAUAUAAUGUUUGUUUGAUACCAAAACAUUAUUAAAGCUAGUAACUAGAGAUUGACUAACUGCAGAUAACUGAUGUGCAUUUGAAAGG